UAACACUGACUCUACUACUGAUGCGACCUUCUAACAGAAGAAGCUGGGAACAGAUGUUCUACAUGUAUCCGGUAACACGCACAUUCACAGCGACACAAGUGUUUAAUCGAUAAGAUGCCAGCUCAGCUGAGCCUGGCAGACCGGGAGCGGGAUUGGAGGAAGGCGGGGAGGAUGGCAGAGCUGGGUCUCUCCAUCGUCUCAGAGAAGGGACCGCGGAGGAUGCACGACCCUGAGAGAAAGCAGAGAGAGUCGAAUGCACUCAAGGUGGAUGAGAGACUGCAACUGGCCCGAGAGCGAAGAGAGGCGUACCAAAAACAGCUGGCCUUGCGAGAGCGCAGUUGGCUGGCGAGGGAGGAGCGAGCCAAAAACUUCUACCAGAAACAGCUUGAAGAGCGCAAAAGAAAGCUGGAGCAGCAGCGACAGAAGGAGGAGAGGAGAAGAAUAGGAGUCGAGGAGAAACGCAAACAGAGACUUAAGGAGGAAAGAGAGCGUUAUGAGUCUGUGGUGCGCAGGACAUUGGAGAAAAGUCAGAAGGCCAAACUCGGCCACUGCUCACGGCGGGCCACCAACAGCGCCCAGAGCCACAAGAACGCUAAACGCCGCUCUCUUAGCCAAUGGGAGAUCAAGCUUGUCAGUCGUCUUCAGACUCCCACCAUUUCCUAUCUAGCCAGAAGCAGAAGUGCUGUGUGUCUGUCCCGAGACACAGUUGUUCAUGUUUGUCGUCGUUCAGCAUCAUGCCACUCCAGUACCACCCAAAAGGCCCAGGUGCAUUGUGGGAAGGCAGCGAACAGACCUGCCUGCUCAGUUCCAAGCGUCAGCAUCCGCAGAACCACUAACAGAGAGCUGGUGGCAAAGGGUGGUUUUGAGGCAAAAGACCGGCAAACACAACCUCAGACAAUAGUUGAAAUUCAUACCAGACAGGAUACAAACCCACAAGAGAAUGCGAAAACCCCAACACCAGGUCUGCAGAAAAGACCACACCUUAGACACGCUUUACCCAAACAAGAAGGUUUGCCUCCAGUUCUGGAAGAGCAAGAGUAUGAGCUCGCUCCACAUUUUCAACAACCCGAGACGACAUCUCUACAAUGUCUACAAAGAGAUCUCAAACAAGAUGUACAGUUAAAGACAGCUCUGAAUCCUCCACACUGCGCUCAGACUCCUUAUGGACCAAGUCAGAUUGGUGAUAGAGCCCAAAUCAGAUCUCCUGCAUGGACCACAAAGGCUGAGGAGGCCACACGCCUGCUGGCAGAGAAAAGAAGGCAAGCGAGGCUUCAGAGAGAAAAAGAAGAGGAACGGAGACAGAAGGUGGAGAUUGAGAGAAGGGGAAUAGAGGAACUGGCCCUUCGGAGAGCCGAAGAACGCGCCAGGCAAGAGGCCGAAGCUGUGAGACUGGAGGAGGAACAGAAGAAAAGAGAAGAAGAAAACAGACGUCAGGCUGAGAACACUCGCAGACAACUGGAGGAAGAAAAAAGACUUCAGCAACAGAGAGAGGAAGAGGCUCUUCAGAGGGCACAAGCAGAGCAACAGAGGCUGGAACGAGAAACUCGCUUCCAGAGAGAAGAGGCAGAGCGCCAAGAAAGAAAGAAGCGCCUAGAGGAAAUCAUGAAGAGAACCAGAAAGACUGAAUCUGAGGAUAAGAAACCAGUAUCAGUGAAGGGCACUUUAUCCGGCGAGAAUGCGAAGCCUGCUAUCAGGCUACCAGGUCCUGGAAAAACAUCGAAGCUGGAGAUGAGGGAAGAGGACGACAUGCUUCCUACUGUUGCCUUCAAAGAACGCAGAUCAUUCCGCCCUCUGUCUGGCCUGGAGGAGAUGCAGGCGCAUCAGCAAACAGAGGUUAUUUAACCCAUGGAGUCACCAUAGGAUGUCAAGACGUUCAGAGCAUCUUCAGCAAGCUUUUGUUGGUAAAAACUGCUUCCCCUGCACUUUAAAAAUCCUUAAGGUAACAACUCCGCUCUACUGCCCAAACAAAAAGCCCAAUAACUGCUUGAUCUGCUAUAGUGCCCUGUCCCGCCGUGCUCAGUAGCUAGAUAACUUUGGGUAUGUGGUUAGAUUGUCAAAUAACAACCUGUUAACUCUCUAAAUAAAACUUGAAGUUCAUUUUUGUAGCUUUAAUUUACUCAUAUUAUUAUUUUAUAUUAAAGUCAGUAUGUUUUUGGUGAUGAGAAAUGCAUUGCUCGAAUUUAGUCUUUAAAAGAGAUUUCAGUCUUUGGUGUGCACCAGAGCCAUUGAUAGAGAGAGUCUUCUACGUUGACUCCAAUGUUGUUACAAUAGUUACCGGAAGUUACUAGUAACGCAUGGAGCUACGACUCAACAGACCAACAGAGGUAAACUUCUGACCCGUUCAAAACAGAAAGCCUUUUAAUGAAUAAAAAAUGAAAGAAAUAAAGCAUUUAAAGAGAAAACAUAACUUCCUGCAACUUUCUGAAGGCUCCAUGAUUUACGUGACAGGGGCUCUCAAUAGUUCCCAGAAGUAAGUUACCAAUGGAGCUGCAACUAAACAGACCAACUAAAAUAAACAUCUGACCAAUUUGAAGACGAAAGCCAUUUGAUGAAUAAAAAUGAAAGAAAUAAAGCAUUUAAAGAACUUGCUGAAGGUUCCAUUAAUCACGUGAAGCUCCAGCGUUUUGGACUUCUGUUGGCAGAGCUCUCUCUAUCAAUGGCUCUGGUGUGCACAUAACACCUGCACACAGCUAUAUGCGUAAUAAUUUAUUGUCAAAUUGCUGAUCGACAGUAAAGAAACUAUAUUCUGUACCUUUGCACUGCUGCUGUUUGUCAUACACGAGUACUUUUCCAUCUGUAGUCUAUGCUGACCACUGCUUUUGCGUCACAGUUUAUAACCAAAACAGGUGAGCUCAUUAAUUUCUAGUUUCCAUUGCUCAUUUUGCACUGCUGCUAUUUAGCUGUUCCAACUAAUGUUGAACACUGCUUUUUCAUAAUUCACAUUUUAUUAAUAAAGUGACAAGGACUAUCACGUGCUCGGCUGCCUUUAUGAGCAUUAUGAUUGUGCUUGUUCCUGACUUUGUGCAAUAUAUAGAUGCUUAUGCAAAUGUAAAGAUGUACACAAUUUAGUUCAUUUUUUAAUGGUGUAAGUAAAUAAACUUCAAAACCAAAACUGUUGUGGUCUGUUGGAAACGAUGAAUGGAUCUAUUCAUACAGAUUUGACGCAUAGCCUAUCAUUUUUACAACAUCAUUCACUAUAAGAGUAUUUAAAGACGGAGCAGAGCCUGUGAAAGUGUAUUUAUUCUGGACCGGAUUUGAAGAUGAAGUUGUAUUGAGCUGAAUUUUACUGGAAAGGACUGAAUGUUCUUGUAGCCUUAAGGCAUUGUACCAAUUGCGAUGGACAAGCUGCCAGUUGGUUAAACAGUGCCACAGAAGAAAGAGAACAUGAGAGAGUACAUUAAAUUCAGUACUGUUAAUGGCUGGCAGAACAGACUAUAUUCAAAUAAAAUUCAUUAUAAAACCUCAAGAGUUACCAAUGUUCUGGCCUGUAACAAAAGGCUUGUUCAGGUUUGGACAUCAAUCCUUACAAACAAUGACACACAUAAAACUACAAUCCAAUGAGCAACGACAUAAUACUGUACAUUUACAUGACCUUACCAGAAGGCGUAAUCAAGCCUGGCAAUGUAUGCAGUUGGUAUAAAGCGUUAUUUAAGUUACAAAAGGUGGACUGCAGUGCUCGAAUUGAAGGGGGGCUGGGGGGAUCCGGGCAUAAGGCCCCCCCUUAAGA